UAUGUGGUGGUUCCCUCGCUCCGAGAAAAAAAAGUCUCUUCUUCCUCUCAAUUAUUAACUCCAGUGAUUAUUCAUAUGGAGGUGUUGAUCCCAGCUGCUUUCUCAGUUCUGUUCAUCAUAAUUGGUACUUUAGGAGGCUACUUCUUCGGAAGAGCCAGAGGUCGAAAAGAUCGAAUCGCAGUACUCUCCGAUCAGCCACAACCUGUAACUUCCGUGGUGGACCGGCCCAAAAACGAUGUGCAACCACCACCAGUCACCGCCAUGGUUUCCCAACCUAAAGACGAGGCCACCAUGGAGUCCAUUAUCCCCAAAAGAAUCAAACUUUUCGAGUCCAUCCAGGCCCAACAAAAGGCCCACAUUCAGUCUCUUCCCCCGGAAUCCAUCAAGAUUACAUUGCGGGAUGGGCAGGUGAUGGAGGGGAAGAAGUGGAUAACUUCCCCUUUGGAAAUUGCUGAGGAGAUUUCGAAGAGUUUGGCUUCGAAAGCUUUGAUUGCUGAGGUCAGUGGGACUCUAUGGGACAUGGCAAGGCCUUUGGAGCGUGACUGUGAGCUUAAGAUAUUCACAUUUGAAGACAACAAAGGCCGUGACACCUUCUGGCACUCUAGUGCUCAUAUUCUUGGACAGGCACUUGAGGCCAAGUAUGGAUGCAAGCUCUGUAUUGGUCCCUGCACAACAAAAGAAGAGGGGUUCUACUAUGAUGCAUACUAUGGCAGUUUGGGCUUGAAUGAUGAGCACUUAAAGAAAAUUGAAUCAGAGGUAGAGAAGGCUGUUAAGGCCAAACAGUGCUUUGAGCGCAUUGAAGUAUCAAUGGAACAGGCCCUCGAGAUUUUCUCUGAUAACAAAUUCAAGAUUGAGAUCAUCAAUGAGCUUCCUAUAGAUAAGGCUAUAACUGUAUACAGAUGUGGCAACUUGGUGGACUUGUGCCGUGGACCUCAUAUCCCAAAUACAUCCUUUGUCAAAGCAUUUAGAUGUUUGAAGGCUUCUUCAGCCUACUGGAGGGGAAAUAAAGAUCGCGAAAGUCUGCAGCGAGUUUAUGGAAUAUCAUAUCCGGAUAAAAAACUUUUGCAGGCAUAUAUCAAGCAGCAGGAAGAAGCAAAAAAAUAUGACCAUAGGUUGUUGGGUAAAUCACAGGAGCUCAUAUUUUGUCACCCAUAUAGCCCGGGAAGUUGGUUCUUCACCCCAAACGGAGCUCGGAUUUAUAAGAAAUUAAUGCAGUUCAUGGAAAAUGAAUAUUUGGAAAGAGGAUAUCAGGAGGUUAUAACACCAAACAUAUUCAAAAUGGAUUUGUUUGAAAAAUCUAAGCAUGCAGGACACUACAAACAGAAUAUGUUUCUUUUAGAGAUUGAGAAAGAGGAAUAUGGUUUGAAGCCAAUGAACUGUCCUGGUCACUGUGAAGAGUUUCGACAUAGGCCUCGUUCUUAUAGAGAACUUCCUCUUCGGAUGGCUGAAUUUGGGGUGCUGCAUCGAAAUGAGGCCAGUGGUGCACUAGAUGGAUUGACUCGUGUCAGGAGAUUCGUGCAGGAUGAUGCUCAUAUAUUUUGUAGGGAGUCCCAACUGAAAGAUGAACUCAAGGGUGUCCUCGACUUCAUCAAGUAUACCUAUGACAUCUUUGGUCUCUCUCUUGAUGUGGAGCUAUCAACAAGGCCAGAAAGUUACCAUGGAGAACGAGCAACAUGGGAUAAAGCCGAGGCAAUUCUUACAGAAGCACUAAAUGAGUUUGGCAAGCCUUGGCAGAUAAAUGAAGGGGAUGGGGCAUUUUAUGGACCAAAGAUAGAUUUCGGUGUGUGUAAUGCUUUGAAGAAAAAAUUUCAGUGUGCAACAAUACAGCUUGAUUUUCAGCUCCCUGAUUAUGAGCAGUUCGACCUACAUUACAAUUCAGAGGGUAAAGAAGGCAAGAGGGAGAGGCCUGUUAUGAUACACAGAGCUGUAUUCGGCUCCUUUGAGCGUUUCUUUGGUAUACUUUUGGAGCACUACAAAGGAAAAUGGCCCUUCUGGCUUAGUCCACGUCAGGCAAUUGUUUGCCCCGUCUCAGAGAAAUCCGAGGCUUAUGCUCUACAGGUUCAGGAACGGAUUCGUCGCGCUGGUUAUCAUAUUGAUGUUGACACAAGUGAUAGAUCCGUGAGUAAAAAGGUGCGAGAAGCUCAGGUGGCACAAUACAACUACGUUCUAGUUGUUGGUGAGAAGGAAGCCAAAAUUGACCAGGUGAGCUUACGGGCUAGAGAUACAGAAGAUGAAGAUGUCACAGUAAUGAGCAUUGAUGAUCUUCUCCAAUUCUUCAAAGACGAAGUUGAAGCUUUCCAUUAGCAUUUUCUCAGAUUUUUUUUUUUUGUUCUUUUGUUCUUUUGUUAUAUAAUGUCAUUUCCUUCUUGAAUAAAGCUCAAACCCCAAAAGCAAAUAAUAAUGAAGUAAGAACCAUCAAUAGAUUCUUGACAAGGCAUUACGUACGUAAUCAAUUAGAAAGAGGAUGAAACUUCGUGUGUUUUGUAAAACAAGGCAACAAAAUUGCUGGUGCACUGAGAAAUCUCACUCCGGCAAUAUAAAGCAAAGAACACCAUAUAUAUGAAAUAUAUAUGAUUGAAGACAUAGAAUUUGCAGAA